AUGCGAACGCUGUGUCCAGGACGAGGACUUACCCAGAUACUGCUGUACAUCCAUAACCCGAACAUGUCAUCAAUCAAGAAAAUUCUCGUUCUCGGGGCUGGAGAACUAGGCACGCAAGUACUACUAUCCCUCGCCCAGCAUUCUCGCUUGAAUACCAUUGUUGUUUCCGUCCUCUUACGACCUCCCAGCAUCGCGUCCACGCAACCACAAAAGGUACGGGAGCUCUCGCUACUGCGCGAACACAACAUCCAGCUUGUUCCAGGUGACCUCGUCGCGGACUCCCAGGAAUCACUGGCCCAAACCUUCCGCGGAUACGACACAAUCAUCGGCUGUGCAGGUUUUGUUGCCGGUCGUGGAACACAAAGCAAAGUAACGCAGGCUGUACUCGCCGCUGAAGUCCCUCGCUAUAUCCCUUGGCAGUUUGGUGUGGAUUAUGACAUUAUUGGACGAGGAUCCGCGCAGGAUCUCUUCGAUGAGCAGCUUGAUGUUCGCGACCUCCUUCGCUCUCAGACAAAGACCCGGUGGAAAAUUAUUUCCACGGGCAUGUUUAUCAGCUUUCUCUUUGAACCCUCCUUCGGUGUAGUCGAUAUGGAAAAUAGCUCGAUCUGCGCCUUGGGCGGCUGGGACACGAAGGUUACUGUGACGGCACCCGAGGACAUUGGAAAGCUCACCGCGGAAAUUGUUCUCGGCCUGGAACCAGAUGUAGCAUUCGAUAACCGACCAACUUUCGUUGCGGGCGACACGAUUAGCUAUGCGGAACUGUUGCGCAUAGUGGAGGAUGUCACAGGAAGGACUUUCACAAAGAGUGUACGAACAGUUGAGGCUGCAAAGGCCGAUCUAGCAAAGGAACCGGAUAAUUCGCUGUAUAAAUAUCAAGUGGUCUUUGGGGAGGGUCGUGGUGUUGCAUGGGAUUUGUCUACAACGUGGAACCAUGAAUCCGGAGUCAAUGUUUUGUCAGUGAAGGAGUAUGCAAGCCGGUACCUGGUUUAG